UUUCAAAAUUUCCUUAACGAGGACGGGUACCAUAUUUCCCCAUCCUUACACUUACACUAGUCAGUAACCCAGCAUUCUGAACAUAAACACUGCAUUGUUUUUUGUCAAUGGUGAUGUCUAUCCAUUCUAUCAGCUACACAAUCUCGUCUUUCCAAUCAUUUGGGUACUCUUCCAGGUUUUCUCACCCUCGAAAUCGGUGGGAUUCGCAUCCUCCUCAAUUCAAAACUUCAAAUUUCAAGUUUACACAAAAAUUAUCAAUCUCUUCAUCCAUUGUUCGAUCAAUUUCUCCGUCUAGCAUGGGGGCAGACUCAUCAUCUGUGGCAGUUGGUGAGAGUGAUUUGCUGAUCGUUGGACCUGGUGUUCUUGGCCGCUUAGUUGCUCAACAAUGGAUUGAGGAUCAUCCGGGUUGCCAAGUUUAUGGGAAGACUGCGACCACAGAUCAUCACGAUGAAUUGACAAAACUUGGAAUAACUCCUGUAGUGAAGGGAGCUAUGCUGCCUUACCAAUUUCCCUAUGUUAUUUUCUGUGCACCACCAUCAAAGAGUCCAGAUUAUGCUGGAGAAGUUAGGUUGAAAAUGAAUAGUACUUGUUGGAAGUCAUGGAAGACAUUACCAAUGGUCUGUGGCGGUGUUAGGAGUGGUGGUAGUCUUUGUGGCUCAAGAGAAGCAACCUCAAGCUGGAAUGGUGAAGGAUCCUUUGUUUUCACUUCAAGCUCUGCACUAGUUGACUGUUCUGACAAUGGGAGUUGUGAUGAGGAUACUCCUGCUGUACCAAUGGGUAGGAGUCCGAGGACUGAUGUCCUUUUAAAAGCAGAAAAUGUUGUUCUGGAUCAUGGUGGCUGUGUUCUUCGUUUGGCUGGACUCUAUAUAUCCUUUUUGUCUUCUGAUCUCUUUUUAGUGUCUCUCGGUAUGCAUUGGGAUGCAGCAUCGCUGACAAACGCGAUUCUGAAGAAGAAGUUUCGUGCAAGGGUAUUCCUGGGUUGUGACAAUCAUCCUCUGUCAAGGCAAGAAAUUAUGGACCUGGUUAAUAAGAGUGGAAAAUUCAGCGACAAGUUUGAGGCUUUUACAGGUACUGAUGGUUCACUGGGUAAAAGAAUGAACAAUUCUAAAUCUCGUGUAGAAAUUGGUUGGGAACCAAAAUACCCCAGCUUUGCUGAAUUUCUCCAAGUUAUGUAAGUAGAGGUGAAUUUAAAAGCGGAAAUGAAGGAUAAAGAAUAUAAUGGCAUGAGGAAGGCGAAGGAAAAAAAGGUCUGUUUUGGAGCGUUGCAUUCAAAGGAACAUAACAAAAGGAUAGGAGUUGAUGUUUGAUCGACAUUGGUCUUAGAAAUUUGAACAAGCAUGCCGAUAAACCACAUGCCUUACAAACGAUAGCUCAUAUCCUUUCUUGUGCUUAGAGUCCAUUCCUCAAGCAAACUCAGCUUGUUCAAUAUAUCAGUUAAAGAGUUAGCUAACAUUAUAUAUAUUCACUGUUUCCACUUGACUGUGGGAUGUUCGAAAUAAACUUCAGCGUAACUUCAAAUUCAAAACCAUUUUGUAAA